AAAGGAAAUAACUGAAAAUGGCGGGUAGAAGACUUGAGGAGUCCAUGGGGGCUGUUCAGAUGGGGUUAGUCAGAAUGCUUAAAGGAUUCCAAAGCAAGGUUUUGCCACCCCUGAGUCCAAAGGUGGUUACAGAAGAAGAAGUAAAUAGAAUGCUGACACCCUCGGAGUUCCUGAAGGAAAUGUCCCUCACCACAGAGCAGAGACUGGUUAAUACACGCUUGAUGUGCCGGCCACAGAUCAUUGAACUUCUAGAUAUGGCGGAAACAACACAUCAAAAGUUUUCAGGAAUUGACCUGGAUCAGGCAUUAUUCCAGCCCUUUCCAUCAGAAAUUGUAUUUCAGAACUACACUCCCUGUGAAGUCUAUGAAGUUCCACUGGUUUUGAGGAACAAUGACAAAAUUCCAAGGAUGGUGAAAGUUGUUGAGGAAAGUUCACCUUACUUUAAAGUAAUCAGUCCAAAAGAUAUUGGCCACAAAGUAGCUCCAGGAGUGCCAUCCAUAUUCCGAAUCCUCUUCACUCCAGAGGAGAACAAGGAUUACGCCCAUAUGUUGACCUGUGUUACUGAAAGAGAAAAGUUUAUUGUACCCAUCAAAGCUAGAGGUGCACGAGCCAUCCUGGAUUUUCCUGACACACUGAAUUUUUCCACCUGCCCUGUCAAAUACAGCACUCAGAAGAUUCUGCUGGUGCGAAACAUUGGCAACAGAGAUGCUGUGUUUCACAUCAAAACUCAUAGGCCUUUCUCUAUAGAGCCAUCUGUUGGAACUCUUAAUGUGGGUGAGUCCAUGCAACUAGAAGUAGAGUUUGAGCCACAGACUGUGGGCAAUCACAGCAAAAGACUUAUCGUGUAUUAUGACACAGGUGAAAAAGUGUUUGUAUCUCUAUAUGGAGCUGCCAUAGACAUGAAUAUAAGGCUGGACAAGAAUUCCUUGAUCAUUGAGAAAACCUACAUAUCUCUGGCCAAUCAGCGAACAAUAACAAUUCACAACCGCAGUAACAUCAUUGCCCAUUUCCAGUGGAAGAUAUUUGCUACCCAGGAAGAGGAAGACAGAGAAAAGUAUAGAGUCUGUGAUGAUCUGAUCGAAGAGGAAAAGAAUGAGACUGACGAGUUUCUUGAAGAGUGCAUUAUUGAUCCUUCGCUCCGAGAACGUCUUUCUGUUCUCUCUCGCACAUUUGAGAAUCAGAGAAGGCUGGUUCAGGCAGACAGCGUGCUCUUCUUGAAUAACAUUUUCACUAUUGAGCCCCUGGAAGGCGAUGUCUGGCCCAACUCAUCAGCUGAAAUCACUGUGUACUUUAACCCUCUGGAAGCCAAGCUCUACCAACAGACUGUUUACUGUGACAUUUCAGGCCGAGAGAUUCGUCUGCCCCUCCGAAUCAAAGGGGAAGGAAUGGGACCGAAGAUUCACUUCAACUUUGAGUUGCUGGAUAUUGGAAAAGUUUUCAUUGGAUCUGUACAUUGUUAUGAGGCAAUACUAUCCAACAAAGGCAGCAUUGAUGCCCUCUUCAAUGUUAUCCCUCCUACUUCAGCUUUGGGGGCCUGCUUUGUUUUCAGUCCAAAGGAAGGCAUCAUUGAACCAAGUGGAGUCCAAGCUGUCCAAAUCUCCUUCAGUUCUGCCAUCCUGGGGCACUUCGAAGAAGAGUUCCUGGUCAAUGUCACUGGGUCACCUGAACCUGUGAAACUGACCGUUAGAGGCUGUGUCAUUGGACCUACCUUCCAUUUUAAUGUUCCUGCUCUGCACUUUGGUGAUGUUUCCUUUGGGUUUCCUCAUACCUUGAUAUGUUCCCUCAAUAAUACCUCCUUGGUCCCCAUGACCUUCAAACUGCGUGUCCCUGGGGAUGGCAUUGGCCAUAAAAGCAUUUCAAGUUGUGAGCGGUAUUCAGACAACAAAAGGCCAUUUUGGAACAAGGAAGAAAUGAAACCACCCAUAAUGAAACCAAAAGAAUUCACCAUCACCCCCAACUGCGGCACCAUUCGCGCCCAAGGAUUUGCUGCUAUCAGGGUGACCUUAUGCUCCAACACUGUACAGAAAUACGAGCUGGCCCUGGUGGUGGACGUGGAGGGCAUCGGGGAAGAAGUGCUGGCUCUCCUAAUUACAGCGAGGUGCAUUGUACCUACCCUCCAUGUGGUUAAUACAGAGGUGGACUUCGGGCGCUGCUUCCUGAAGUACCCUUAUGAGAAAGCGGUCCAGCUUGUCAAUCAUAAUGACCUCCCAGGAUGCUAUGAGGUCCUGCCUCAGGUAUGUGAGAAUGCACCCACCGUGCUGCUGUCUAGUCCCACUCCCUGUGGAAUCAUCCCCCCCCACAGCACCGUUGACAUACCUCUGGCCCUGGAGACCCAGGUCACUGGAGAAUACAGGUCCACAGUUUACAUCUCGACCUUCGGGAGCCGGGAGCCACCUAUGGUAUGUCACUUAAAGAGCAUCGGAGAAGGCCCAGUUAUCUAUGUACAUCCCACUGAAGUUGAUUUUGGCAAUAUCUAUGUCCUGAAGGACUCCUCCAGGAUCCUCAACCUUUCUAACCAGUCCUUCAUUCCCGCGUUAUUUCAGGCACGCAUGGCACACAAAAAGUCCCUUUGGACGAUUGAACCCAAUGAAGGCAUGGUUCCCCCGGAAACUGAUAUUCAGCUGACACUGACGGCCAACCUGAAUGACAUACUGACAUUCAAAGACACAGUCAUUUUGGACAUUGAAAAUAGCAACACCUACCGGAUUCCUGUCCUGGCUUCAGGAAUUGGUUCCACCAUUGUUUCAGAUAAGCCCUUUGCUCCAGAACUCAAUUUGGGAGCACAUUUUAGCCUGGACACCUAUUAUUACCGCUUCAAGUUGACCAACAAGGGACGUCGGGUCCAACAGUUGUUCUGGAUGAACGAAGAUUUCCGUCCCCAGGGCAAGCUGAACAAGAAGGGCCUGGCGAAGAAGGGACUUACUAAGAGCCAGCCCCAGCCCCACAGCUCCCAGAAGGCCAGGAAUGCCCAGAGCCCCGUGUUUCAGCUCCACCCUAUCAGGAUGGAGCUGUACCCAGGCCAGACAAUCGAUGUGGUACUCGAAGGCUAUUCUGCUACUCCCAGGAUAGUCAAAGAACAGCUGGUGUGCCACGCCAUCAUCGGGGCACAAAAGGGGAAGAGCUUACUGAUGACUGUGAAUAUCAUCUGUGAGUUUAUAGCUCCGCUUCUCCAGCUCUCCACCAAGCAGCUCAUAUACCGACUGGAGAAGAAACUUAACAUUAUCCUAGAACCUGAUUACCAGCCCUUGGUCAUGAAGAACAUUUCCACCCUUCCAGUGAACGUGUUGCUCUCAACAAGCGGCCCCUUCUUCGUCUGUGAAACGGAUAAAUCUCCUCUGCCCUUACCUCCUGAGCCUAUUAAACUGGAGAUUGGAGGAGAAAAAAACCUGCUGGUCAAGUUUGACCCUUCCUACAGAAAUGAUUUAAACAACUGGGUGGCAGAAGAAAUUCUAGCAAUCAAGUACAUGGAGCACCCCCAGGUAGACAGCCUGAACCUGCGUGGAGAAGUGCAUUACCCCAACCUCAGCUUUGAGACCAUGGAGCUGGAUUUUGGCUGUAUCCUGAACGAUACUGAGGUCAUCCGGUACAUUACAAUGACCAACUGCAGCCCCUUGGUUGUGAAGUUCCGCUGGUUCUUCCUCGUGGAUGACAAGGAAAAUCAGAUAAGGUUUGUAACGUGGCCGAAGAACCCCUCCAGUGCCCCCCUGUCCCAAGAGGAGUCCGUCCCAGGAACUUCAGCAUCUCCCAGCUCACCAGCAGUCCCAGCCAUAGAGUCCCCUGAGACUGAUCUAAGUGAUUUUGUUAAGACUGUCCCUGUGGAUGAAGAUGUUGGAUCUGAAGAAAGAGAACACAAAAAGGCAAAAGUGCCCACCAUUGUCAUCUCAGAUGGAUUACAAAUGAACUCUGCUGAAACAGAAAGAAUAGACCCAAACCAGAGCCAGGUGGAGUUUCAGGAAUUGCUAUGGAUCUUUGAACAAGAUGAAAUGCUUUCCAUUGGGAUAGAGGAAGUGUUUGAUAUUUUGCCCCUCUAUGGAGUUCUGCAGCCACACAGUAGCCACCAGGUAUCUUUCACCUUCUAUGGACACUGCGACAUCGUUGCACGGGCUAAAGCUCUGUGCGAAGUGGAAGGAGGGCCCACCUAUGAGAUAAUGCUAAGGGGAGAGGCAUCCCUGGUCAACUAUUCCUUUGACACCAAGGAUAUUAACUAUGGAUUACAGCUGUUUGACCAUGUCACAGAGAACGAAAUCAAGCUGAAGAACACUGGGAAGGUUGGCUUUGAGUUCAAGGUUCUGACUGACCACCAGCCUUCACCAGACAGCCUUCUUCCCGGAGUGCCCCUAAUCCUGCCGCUCUCAGGUUUUAUCAGUUCGCAUAAGGAGCAGGUGUUGAAGGUUUACUAUUUACCUGGUGUACCUGAGGUCUUUCAAAGGAAUUUCCAGAUACAGAUCGCCCACCUGGACACAGAAAAUAUCACUCUGAGUGGAGAGGGAAUCUUCCCCCGAAUCUGCCUCGAUCUCCCCAGGAACCUCAAAGGAAAUGAAAAGUAUGAAAUCUUCUUAAAUCAGGCCAGAAAAAACUUAGAAAAAGAGUACAAGUAUGAAAUGUUUGAUCACUUAGAGACAACUGAGGAAAUGCCUGAAGAUGAAUCUUCUGAGUUAAGUGCUCAGCUCCAGAUGGAAGUAGAGCGACUUAUAGUCCAAGACUAUGCCAUAGAACAUCAGAAAACAAUUAUCCCCGAUUCCACAGAUGACUUCAGCCCUCGAAGUCGCCGCAAACUGGCCAAACUCCAGCUGCCAGAGUACAUUCUGGACUUUGGCUACAUCAUCCUUGGUGAUGUCCGAACCCACAUCAUCAAGAUCACCAACACCAGUCACUUCCCAGUGUCCUUCCACGCAGAAAAACGUGUCCUUCACGACACAGGCUUCAGUACUGAGCUAGAUCGUGUGAAGAAUCUACCUUACUGUGAAACAGAAACAUUUGAAGUGAGAUUUGACCCACAAGGGGUCAGUCCUUCUGUUGGAUACAAAGAGGUCAUUCUGCCCAUCAAGGUGGUUGGAGGGCCAACAGUUCACAUCUGUCUCCAAGCCAAGGUGACCAUCCCCAGUAUGACACUGUCUUGUGGAAAAGUGGAGUUUGCCACAAUUCAGUGUGGACAAUGCCUCGUGGAAACUAUUCAGCUUUCCAAUCAUCUCCAAGUCCCUUGUGAAUGGUUUGUCCACAGCCAUAAGCCAGUUAACAAGCUGGAGAAACACAUGCCAAAGUACUUAAAACAGAAACCAGGUUCUGAAUCCAAACCAGCGACACGGAUCUUUGAGAUCCAGCCCACUUCUGGGGUCUUGGAUCCUGGUGAGAGGUCCAAUGUGCAAGUGAAAUUCAUGCCCAAAGAAGAGAAAUUCUACAGCCAAACCAUGGUGUUCCAGAUUGCCCAGAGUACUCAGAAGCUCACACUGCUGUUGCAGGGGCAAGGUCUACAACCAUGCUUGAAAUUUAGUGAAUCAGUUCUGGAGCUGGGGCCACUGCUGCCCUGUUCACCUGGAGACGAGGCUGAGGUGAUAGUGAAGAAUCCCUGCAACUUUCCCAUUGAAUUUUACUGCUUAGAACUUGACCAGCAAUAUCUCAUGGAAGAGAAGAUCUUGCGAACGCUGAAGGGCUAUGAUUCCUACAACACCCUGCUGCUGCCUCCCCGCCUUCCGGGGGAGAAGCUGCUCCCAGAGUUGUACGAGUACUUUAAGGAGGUGAAGCGGUCAAAAGAGGAGCAGACGAAGGUGAAAUGUCUGACGAGUCUGGCAGAGGAGAAUGAAGACGAAGAUACGCCCUUGUCAGAACGGGGAACCUCCACCAGCACGAAGAGGACCUCACUUAGCCGAGGGAUCUCUGUCACAUCCAACCUGGAAGAGCGACAUGUCCCUGUGGUCGAGUCCAAGAUCUACCCUGAUGAAGAGGAUGAGGAAAAUCUGGAAAAAAUGAUGUUUCAAACUGACAAGAAACAGAGUGUUGACAGCCCCCCCACAGAGGAAGUUGGAGAGGUAGAGAAUGGCCCAGUAAGCAAAGUGAUCGCUCGUUACCUGGGCAUCGAUAUUUCUGCAGAAGGCCGCAUGGCCAAGAACCGGAGAGGCAUCGCCAUCAUCAUCCAUGGGACGCCCGUGUCAGGAAAGUCAGCCACUGCAGUCAGCAUUGCCAAGUACUACAAUGCAGCCUGCUUGAACAUCGACUCCAUUGUGCUGGAAGCCAUCUCCGACGGCAGCAACAUCCCGGGAAUUCGGGCCCGCGAGCUCUGCAUCAAGGCUGCCAUAGAGCAGUCCAUGAAGGAAGGAGAAGAGUCUGCCCAGGAGGCUGCUUUGAGCCAAAAUGCCGUGGGACAAAUACGACUGAGCAGUGAGACCCUGGGCAAGUUCGCCUCGGAAUCCACUCUGGUAACCCCUGAUAUUAAACCUGCAAAGACUGUGCGUGGGAGCGUGCUGCUCACCAAAGGCAAAGUGGAGAGCCACGGCUCUGGGUCUCAGAAGCAGCAUCACCAGCACUCAUCUGAAACGCCACAGAUUUCCUCCAGCCCUCUCCCCUCAGGGCCCACGCAGCGCCGGCUCAGUGUCAGUGCCAGUAUCGGAGGUGAGACGGGGCUCAUGAGCUGUGUGCUCCCUGAGGAACUAUUCAUUCACAUCCUGGCCGAGCGCAUACAGCUGAGCGACUGCUACCGAGGAGUAGUGUUUGACAGCCUCGAGACUCUCUUUGCUCGGAACACGGCUACUGCUCUCCUCUGCCUGCUGAAGGCCAUUGGCAACCGGGAGCACAUCUAUGUUCUCAACAUGGCCCAGGAUUAUGUAGCCAUGAAGGCCCAGGAGAAAGCCAAAAAGGAGCAAGAAGAGCACAAAUUCAGGGAAGCACUUGAGAAAGAGAAGGAGCGUCUCCAAAAUAUGGAUGAAGAAGAAUAUGAUGCCUUGACAGAGGAGGAGAAAAUCGUGUUUAAUCGAGAGGUUCAGCGGGCCCUCCUAGAGAGGAAGAAGAGGGAGCUGGAGAGACUGGCGAAAGAGAUGCACGAAAAGAAGCUACAGCAGGAGCUUGAGCGGCAAAAGGAAGAAGAUGAGCUAAAACGGAAGAUCAAAAAGCCGAAGCAAGGAGCAGUAAAGGAGGAACCGCCCGUGAAGAAACCCCAAGCAGCAAACCGGCAGAAUCUUACCUUUUCUAAACUAGAGGUCAAGACGGAUGCAAUAGAAAGGAAGGUGUCUGUUAGGGAGCAGGCCAUGACUGAGAAGGAAGAACUAAGCAGAAAGAGAAAGAACCAACUGGCAGAAAGCACACUGGGGUUUCCUCUCGUCCAGGAACAAGAGGACAGCGAAGGGGACCUCCUAAAGGAUACUGACAAGCAUUUGGCCCACAAGUUUAAGAUCUAUGAGUUGACUUUGAAGGACAUCCAGAACAUCCUGGCCUACUGGGACCGGAAGCAAGGAGUUCUGCUGCCUCACCCCGGAGCCGAGGACACGCCCCACGAGCCGGACGACCAGCGCCAGGCGCCAUCGGGCGGUCGCAGAGGCCGCAAGGACCGGGAGAGGGAGCGCGCAGAGAAGGAGCGCGCGGAGAAGGAGCGCCUGGAGCGGGAGAAGGCCGAGAGGGAGCGUCUGGAGAAGCUCCGGGCACUGGAGGAGAGCGAUGGAGGAGGGGGAGAAGGGGAGGAGGACCACGAAGGGAAGAAGGACCUGGGUGUGCCGUUGAUAAACAUCCAGACGCCUGACUUUGAAGGGUCCAGCUGGAAGCAGGCCCUGGAGAGUGACAGCCUCCCCAAGGGGGAUCAGAUCCUAGACAUGCUGGGCCUGGGUGCCUCUGGACCACCCAUCCCACCUCCUGCCUUAUUCUCAAUCAUCUCCUACCCUGUGAAGCGGCUGCCUGUGGCCACGACAGAAAUCCAGAAGCAAUUUGUGUUUAUAAUUCCGCCAUCCGAGGAGCUCCUCCUGCUGGAGGAGAAAAGAGAAACGGAAGCAGAAGCAGAGCUUUUCACCGCCACGGGCUCUGUGAAGGAGGAGCAGACCACCUCAUCUAAAGCGAGCAGACAGAAAGUGAAAGAAAAAACAGAUCAGGCCCGGGAGACUCAGAAGGACAAACGUCUCAUGGCCUUCAACAGGAAGGGUCUUUCUGGGGGAACUUCUGGAACCAUUGCCCCCCUGUCAGACAUAGACCAGAACAACCUCUAUGGACAGCACUCCCAGGAGAAAUUCAUCAGGCUAAAUCAUUUCCGGUGGGUCGUGCCAGCCAACGGUGAGGUGACAUUGAGAGUGCACUUCUCUUCUGAUGACCUCGGGAACUUUGAGCAAGUCUUUAACUUUGAGAUCCUUGGAACUUGCUCCUCUUACUGCCUCAAGUGCCAAGGCAUCUGUACUUACCCAUACAUUUGCCAAGACCCAAAAGUGGUAUUCCCUCAGUGGAAGAUGGACAUGAAGACAAAUAAGGUCGUCUUUAAGAAGUAUAUUAUGAGCAUGGACAGGUUUUACUUCGGGCCACUGCUUUGUGGAAAAUCAAGAGAUAGGUACAAGUCAUCCUUGUUCCCAGGCAACAUGGAGACACUGACAAUCCUGAACAAUUCCCCAGCGGUCGUGGAGGUGUUCUUCUGCUUUCAGAAUGAUGUCAAAGCAAGCACCUACUUCCUGGAGCCCAGCAACAUGAUUCUGAAACCCAAUGAGAAGCAGGUGCUAAACGUAUGGGCCUACCCUACUGCAGUUGGUGUCUUUAACGACAGCAUUGUCUGCUGCAUCAAGGAUAACCCAAAGCCAGCUGUCUUUAAAUUAAGCUGCCAGGGGAUUCGCCCAGAACUGGAGCUGGACCCCAGGCAAUUGCAUUUUGACCGGCUCUUGUUGCGCAGAAAAGAAUCCAAGAUAGUUCACCUCCGCAACAUCACGCCCCUGCCUGUGGCCUGGCGGAUCACCAACCUGGAGCACCUGGGUGAUGACUUCACCGUGUCCAUGAUGCAGGGGACCAUCAGCCCCAAUGCUGAGUAUAGCCUGAGAGUGUACUUCCAACCCUCUAAACCUGUCAACAUCAAGAAGGCGAUUCGGUUGGAGGUUUUAGAUGCAGAUAAUCUUGUUGGUGUUGUUCAAAUUGAAAAUAUCCUGAUCUUUGCAGAAUCCUACGACAUCGCCUUAGACAUCUCCUUCCCCAAAGGAUCUGAAAGACACCUCGAUUUUGGGAUUGUGAGGGUCAUGGAGGAGGUGAAGCAGUCCCUGCAACUGAAGAACCGUGGGAAAUACGAGAUCAUGUUCAGCUUUUCUGUGGACUCUUUAUGGACCAAUGAAAAUUCCGUGAUCUCAGUCCAACCCAAGAAGGGUUUACUGACCACAACGGACAAGCCCACAAAUGUUCAGGUAUUCUUUCGUGCAAAAAAGGAAGUGAAGAUUGAGCACCAGGAAAUUCUGCACUGUAAGGUUUUUGAGCCCAGUAUGGCGGAAGGAGAAGAAAUCACUGGCAGCACUUCAAUUAGUUUUUCUGUGAAUGCAGUGUUCUCCAAAUACAACAUCAACCCCUCCUCCGGCAUCAGCUUUGGGGCUUUGAUCUGUGGCACUCGUCAAAGCACCACCUUCACCGUAGAAAAUCAAGGUGUUACUGACUUCAAGUUCGCCCUUUCUAAGCUGACAGGGCAGAGCCCCACUCAUCAAAAGAAAGUAGCCAGCCAUGUUAGACAGGCGAGAUCCCGGGAAAGCGAGAACUUCUACAAGACUGGCCCUUCCAAAGCUACCAAGCUCUCCGACUCUGCUCAGAAAGAAGUAACCACCACAAACCAGGCUCGCUUCAGCCAUGGCAUGUUCACCGUGUACCCUGGGUUUGGCUCCAUCCCUCCUGGAGGAAUGCAGGUCAUCACUGUUGACUGCAUGGCUGACCCUGUGGGAAGGUGUGAGGAGUUCAUAGCUAUCGACAUCUCUGACCGAGACCCAACAGACCACCCUGCUGGCAUUCCUUAUGGCCUGUUGGCCGAAGCCUGUCUACCAGCCUUCGUGACUGACAAUAAUGCCUCGAUAUUUGAGGAGCACCAGAUCUGUAGCAGCGCCAACCUGUACAACAUUGUGCAAACCGUAGAGAGCGGGGGCCUGUUUGUGGAGGAUGAGAACAAGUUCAUCUUCUGCAAUGUUCUGGUAGGCCAUCAGGCCAAGGCUCGGUUCAAGAUCAGCAACACAGGAAAGAUCGCCUGUGAUGUGAACAUUGUAGUUAAGCCCAUCUCCAACAAGAUCUUUGCCCGCAUCAUCGACAUCUUUGAAGUGGAACCCAACAAGAUGUGUGUUGCCAGUCGCUCACAUGCCUUUGCCACAGUGUCCUUCACCCCACAGACCAUGCAGACCUACCAGUGUAUCUUCGAGGCUACGUUGGAUGGCUUGCCCAGCAACCUGACCAAGAACAAAAGCCUCGUGUUUGAUAUCGUUGGAGAGGGGACCCUCCCUCGGGUGACUGUUGUGCGGCCAGUGCUCCAUAACCAAUAUGGAAACCCCUUUCUCCUCUUUAAGAGGCUUCUGCUUGGUCAUUCAGAGAAACUACCUCUCAUCCUCAAGAACAGUGGCACCAUCCCUGCCCAGCUGCAUGUGGACCUGAGGGACCAACUAGGAGUCUUCUCCCUGAAAGGGAGGCCCACUACCUCCUACAUCUACAUCAUAGAGGAAAACAAACCACAUGCAAAAGCAAAGAAAGCUCACACGGCCUCCCUGGUUGUUCCUCCUGGAGACACAGCUGAAUUUGAUGUCUUUUUUCACUCUCAGAAGGUUGGGAGAAUGACAGGAACCAUCCGCUUGUCAGUGAUCAACAACCAGUAUGAGGAGACUGUCAUCCAUAUGGUGGGAGAGGGCUAUGAGGAUGACAUCACCUUGGACAACAUUCACGGGCUGGUGGCUCCCACCAGCCAGGAGGCCUUAGAGAUCUCUGAGGUCAUCGAGGAAAACACUAUGGAAGACUUUGUAGCAGCUGCUCUGGUGGACCACAUCCAAUUUGGGGACUGCCACAUUGGAAACUGCUAUAAUGUGAGCUUCACAGUCACUAAUCACAGCCAAGUGAAUGUGGCACGGUUUGAAUGGCCGCUUUUAGCUACAAUUUCUUUCUCCCCACAGAUCGGCCACCUCCACCCUGGGUGUGCCAAGGAUGUAGUAGUGACCCUGAAGUCAGACGUGCCCAUCAGCCUGAAGAAGAUGGGGAUCAAGUGCAAGCUCUCCAAGAUCAUGUUUCAGCUCCCUGCAGACCAAGUCCCCGACUGGGAUGACCGCAUGCACACAAUCAAGUGGGUGGAUGUGCCCAGAAACACGCCUGGGACCUUCACUACAAAACGAAAAGUGAUAGAAACGGAUCCUGAGCCUGCUCACUCAGUAGUGGAAGAAAACUACCAAGAACUGCAGCUUCAGAUCAGUGCCAAUGUGAAUUUCGCUUCAUACCAGUGCCAAACGAGCGAUGUGUGCUUUAAGGAAACCCUGGUUUACCAGACCCGAGUGUUUGAGCUUGAACUGAUUAAUUCAGGGGAUGUGCAGCUGGAAUUCAACUGGGUCUCAGAAGAGGCAGCAAAAGCUGUCAGCUUUGCAAUGCCAGAUAACAAGGUAAAUGCAAUGACAGGUUCCUCUCAAAAAGAUCAGCUUAGCCAGGGCACACUGCGCACGGUCAGCACUCUGGACAGCGCCAUGGACCAUUGGAAUGAAGCUUCCCCACCGCCCUUCUCUGUGGAGCCCACCUCAGGCAUUGUGCCAGUGGGGAAGACUCAGAAGAUCCAAGUGAAAUUCUCUCCAUUGGAGGUUGGAGACUUCGAGAGCAAUCUUUUCUGCCAGAUUCCCAACCUGCCUCCUGGUGAGCAAGGCCCAGUCCUGUCAGCAAAAGGGCAGAGCUUCUUGCCCAUCUGCCAUUUUGACCUAAAAGACUCGGACUACAUCAGCAGUCAUCGGCGCAACCCAGAUCUCCGAGGGCCUAGUGGUGGGGCUCUGGAUCCAAACACCCGGGUGAUUGAGUUCACCAGUGCGAACAUAGGAGAGAAAAAUCUCCGGAAUUUUACAAUCCUGAACCCGACCAAUAGCACCUACUCCUUCUGCUGGAUGUCUGAAGAAAUGAAAAGUCUACAGAACCCUCCAGCUUUCACAUGCCUUACAGAGAAGGGCUUAAUCCACCCCGAAAAGAAAGCUGAGAUUGUCUUCCAGUUCACGCCUCUCCAUCUGGACAUCAUGGAAGCAUUCUGGACUUUCUUAAUCCCCGAACACAACAUCACAGUCCCUUUCCUGCUGGUUGGCAAAGCCACUGACCCUCUCAUAAAUCUAGACAAGUCACACCUCAACUUCAGUUGUCUCCUCAUUGGCAGAGAAGUCAGGGAGACCGUGCAGAUCAUCAACAAAGAGGAGCAGGGGUUCACUUUUGCCUUCCAGGACAACUCCCGAUAUUCUGAAGGUUUCAGCAACAGCCUGGUCGUAUGUCCCAUGGAAGGUUGGAUCCCACCACUGUCCAGGUUCCCAAUUGAUAUUUUCUUCACACCAAAGCAGGAAGGAGAUGUGAACUUUAAUUUGAUCUGCAAUGUGAAAAAGAAAGCCCACCCCUUGACCUUAAAUGUCAAGGCUGAGGGCUACACUAUGAAUGCAGAGGUCAAGUGCAAGGACAGGACUGGCUCGACCACUAUCUUGACUCCCAACCAGACCACCACGGUCAACUUCUAUGAGGUGGAGUUGAAUGAAUGUGUCCAGUGUGAAUUCAACUUUAUCAACACUGGAAAGUUCAACUUCAGCUUCCAGGCAGAGCUGUCUGGCCCCAAAGCCCUGCUACAGUACUUGGAAUUUUCACCCACUGAUGGCAGUGUGGAUGUGGGGCAGAGUGCACAAGCCUCCUUGUCUUUCCAACCAUUUAAGAAAUGUGUCUUGAAGGGCCUGGAACUCAGAAUCAAGAUCAGCCAAGGUCCAACAUUUAUGUGCACCAUCUCAGGCUGUGCUGUGAGCCCAGCCAUCCAUUUCUCCUUCACCAGCUACAACUUUGGUACCUGCUUUAUCUACCAAGCCGGGAUGCCCCAAUACAAACAAACCCUGGUCAUCACCAACAUGGGGGAAACGUCUGUGAGCAUAGAUUGUUUGUACACCAAUACCACCCACCUCGAGGUGAACUUCCGUGUUAAUGUGUUAAAGCCAGGAAAGACACUGGAGAUUCCAAUCACCUUUUAUCCUCGAGAAAGUAUCAAUUAUCGAGAACUCAUCCCCUUUGAAAUCAAUGGGCUCUCACAACAAGUAGUUGAAAUCAAAGGGAAAGGCACGGAAAUAAAGAUUUUAGUCCUAGAUCCAGCAAAUAGGAUUGUGAAGUUAGGAGCUGUCUUGCCAGGACAGGUUGUGAAAAAAACGGUUUCCAUCAUGAACAACAGCCAAGCCCGGCUCACAUUUAACCAGUCAGUACUGUUCUCGAUUCCAGAACUCCAGGAACCCAAGGUCAUCACCUUGAUACCAUUCCACAACAUCACCCUGAAGCCCAAAGAAGUCCGUAAGCUGGAAGUCACCUUUGCUCCGCAGAAGCGUGUCCCUCCCUUCUCCGAGGAGGUGUUCAUGGAAUGCAUGGGGAUCCUGCGCCCCCUCUUCCUUCUCAGCGGCUGCUGCCAGGCCCUAGAGAUCUCCCUGGACCAGGAGCAUCUUCCCUUUGGACCAGUCGUGUAUCGCACGCAAGCUACGCGUCGCCUCCUCAUGUUGAACACGGGCGACGUGGGUGCAAGGUUCAAAUGGGAUGCCAGGAAAUUUGAGCCUCAUUUCUCCAUCAGCCCAGAAGAAGGCUAUAUCACCGCAGGCAUGGUGGUUUCUUUCAAUGUGACCUACCAUCCCACCGAGGUGGGCAAGGAGACUCUCUAUAAAAACUUGCUCUGCUUCAUCCAGGGAGGCAAUCCUCUGAACCUAACCCUGUCUGGAGUCUGUGUGGGACCACCUGCAGUAAAAGAGGUGGUGAAUUUCACCUGCCAGGUGCGCUCCAAGCACACGCAGACCAUCCUGCUUUCAAACCGCACCAACCAGACCUGGAAUCUGCACCCCAUCUUUGAGGGCGAGCACUGGGAGGGGCCUGAGUUCAUCACCCUGGAGCCCCAUCAGCAAAACAAGCCCUAUGAGAUUACCUACAAGCCCCGCACCAUGAACUUGGAGAACCGCAAGCAUCAGGGCACCCUCUUCUUCCCCCUCCCAGAUGGGACUGGCUGGCUGUAUGCACUGCAUGGGACUUCUGAGCUCCCCAAAGCCGUGGCCAAUAUCUACCGUGAAGUGCCAUGUAAGACACCCUACACUGAGCUCCUACCAAUCACCAACUGGCUGAACAGACCCCAGAGAUUCCGGGUCAUUGUGGAAAUGAUGAAACCAGAGAAGCCAGACCUCACUGUCACCUUAAAAGGCCUUGAUUACAUUGAUGUACUGUCUGGCUCCAAGAAAGACUAUAAGCUGAACUUCUUUUCCCACAAGGAGGGACUGUACACUGCAAAGGUGAUCUUCCGAAACGAGGUGACCAGUGAGUUCUUAUUCUACACGGUGAGUUUCAGGGUCAUCCCUUCAGGCGUCAUCAAAACCAUCGAGAUGGUGAGCCCCGUCCGGCAGAGCACAUCAGCCUCCAUCAAAGUGGAGAACCCCCUGCCCUACUCGGUGACCUUCUCCAUGGAAUGCAGGGUGCCCGACAUCAGCCUGCCCUCCCUGUUUGUGGUGCCUGCCAACUCUGAGGGCACAUUCUCAUUUGAAUUCCAGCCCCUGAAAGCUGGAGAAACCUUCGGGAGACUAACGCUGCACAACAGUGAUUUGGGUUACUACCAGUAUGAGCUCAAUUUGAAGGCCACACCAGCACUGCCAGAAAAGCCCAUCCAUUUCCAGGCUGUUCUUGGCAGCGGCCAGAGCAUCUUUGCCAAGUUCACCAAUUACACCCGGCAGAAGACAGAAUACUACUGCAGGACCGACUCUCCAGACUUCCACACGGAAAAGGUCGUUAAUGCAGCCCCAGGGGCUCAGGGAGGCAGUGAAGUCAGCGUGGAAGUCUAUUUCGAGCCCAGCCACCUUGGUGAAAGCAAGGGCGCCCUGAUCCUGUCAUCGCUUACAGGCGGGGAGUAUGUCAUCCCCCUCCUCGGAGUGGCUCUGCCCCCCAAGCCCCAAGGUCCCUUCCUGAUCCGAGCUGGGUACAACAUAGUCAUCCCCUUCAAGAAUGUUUUCUACAAUGCAGUCACCUUCUCCUUCAUUGUGGAGAACCCGGCCUUCUCCAUUCGCGCCAUGGACUCCGUGCGGCCCAAGAAGAUCAACAACAUCACAGUCUCCUUUGAAGGAAACCCAUCGGGCAGCAAAGCACCCAUCACCAGCAAGCUGAUUGUGGCCUGCCCUCCCGGCGAAGGCAGGGAAAUAGGAAUUCAGUGGGUUUAUUAUCUGAAGGGGAUCACUCCUUAGUGGCACCCAAGGUCAGUUGCAUCAACGAAAAGCCAUCUCCUCAGCCUUAAUAUCUAUAUCUUUCUAGCCUGACAAAGAAUAGAGGAAAUAAACAGAAUUCUAAAAGUAUUGUUUUAUCCUCCAAUUCAAUUA